CGCUACGAAAUCGCUGACUGUGAUUGGUGCAAAAAAAUUUCUUUUGAACUUAGCAAUGGAGACAUUUUAUUACUGAGUAAAGUUUUGUAGUUUAACCGUUAGUUUUGUAGUUUUGUGUUUUAUAGAUUCGUUCAAAUUGUUACUAGUUUAGUGUUUAAGUGCUUCAUCUUUGCAGCUUCGAGAAUCGAAAAUGAAAAGGGCCCGAGAAGAUGAUGAAUAUGACGAUUUUUGCAACGGUUUGCAGUUCAGCGACGGCAAUAGCGCUUCGCCUUCGCCUAGACAUCGAAUUAAGCGCCCCAAAGUGAACCCCAACUACGAGACAAUCAAGUUUCACUUUGGUGCCUCGUCCGUUACUUACAAGACCAUACAACACACCGACCCGGCGUUCAAAAAGAUUAAAGAUUUAAUAGAUAUUAAGUCACUGAUGAUCGAAGACCUCAUUGAAGUCAACAAUCCGGUCCUCGAUAUCGCGUAUGAGAUGAAAAAGUGUGAGAAAAAGCACACGUUUGGGAACGUCAAUGAAGCUCUGCUGUUCCAUGGGACUAGAAGGGAGAACGUGGAAAGCAUCUGCACCUAUAAUUUCGACUGGAGGCUCUUUGGGAGUAACAGGGGCCACAAAUUUGGAAAAGGGGUGAAUUUCUCCCCAAGCGCCAAAUACGCAAGCAACUACUCGGACCCCCACAGUUACCACAAAAUUAUGAUCGUUGCCAAAGUGCUGAUAGGCAACGUCUGCCAAGGGGACCAAGACAUGUCGCUGCCGCCUCCAGGCUAUGACACAAGCCAGAAGGACCAAAGAGCGAGCGUUAUCGUAAAGUAUGAGGAUAAUGAAUUCUACCCAUAUUACAUUCUCCAUUACCAUUUGCGUGAAAAACACAGAAACAACAAUCAUUAUCGUUAUGAUUGUAACUACAUAAAUCGUUAUGAUCGUUACCAUGUGGAGAGAAGACGUUAUAACACUCAUUACAACUAUUACCGGGAUCGUUAUGGCCCUGGUUAUGGUAACUAUCGCUACGACAACCAUCGCUAUGACAACUAUCGUUAUGACGACUAUCGUUAUCACAGAAAUGAUCACUAUGGUGAUCGUUAUGAUGGUGCUAAAACCAGGCAUUUUUAAGUUUUUUCUGAUGUUUGUUAACUUCGUUCUAGUAAUAUAACCAAAGCAAUAGUUUUAAUGUUGAAACUUAUUUAUGUUCCAAAAUACGCAGCAGUAUUAUUGCAAGCAUUCCAGUUUCAAUUGCAAUUUGUUUAUUGUGAUAAACGAAAUAAUGCUGUGAAGUAGUUUGAUAAGAAUAAAAUUAUUUACUUUGAAAAUGUGACACUUACGUUGCUUUUAUAAAUUUAGUUAUAGGCUCAGUAACAUUUAUCGAAAAUUGUAAGUAGUUUUUGCUUGUCUUUGUUGCUUUUUGUAUACACUUUUGAUUUUAUGUCCACGUUUAAUUCCUAUUAAAAUUUUUGGAUGAA